CCCAGUCCGUCGACAUCGUGUGGUUGCAGAGGUAUAUAUAUUACACAUACGCACACGCUGCCCAUUCAUCUUGUUGCUUGAGUUGGCGUGCUGAUGCCCCCAUCGGCAACGGUGGUCAUGCACAGCGAUGUUUGCGGUGCAGGACCGGCAUUACCCACAGGGGCAUCAGCAGCAUCCAACCACAGCACGGCAGGAGGGAAGAGUUCAAUCCAUAACAUUGGGAAAGGUAUCUAUCUACACAAAGCUGCCACAAGACAGUCUCUCAGCUAGCAAACACACGGGGAGAGAAACUCUUCCGUCACCUGCACAGACAGCAUCACACACCAGCACCACCAUAAAAGAGACACGACACGAACACCCAUGAGACGCCCUCUGUCCCCACACAGCUCCCUCCCCUGUCACCCACCGUCGUGGCAGCAUCUUGCGGCUGACGCAUGUCUUCUCGUUGUGCUCCUCGGCGCACCGCAUCGAGCACACAAAGGCCUGGCGGCAGUUGAUGCACCGGUACUUGGCGAAGAAGUAACACACGGUGCAGAACCGCCGGGGAGGCAACAAGGACGGCUCCACACUCAGAUCCACAAACAGCUGAGCCCUGACAACACCACACGACAAGCAGAGCGAGUGUGAGAUGAAAGAUGCUCAUGCGACUCACGCACACACACACCCGCGAUCUGACUAUGGUUGUCACCUGUCCUUGUCUUCCUGCUCCUCCGUGAAGAUGUCAGCGAGUGUCCGCUUGUCAUCGUCGCCCUUCCGCCGGACCACAGGCCCUUUGGCGCCUCCCGUGCCGCUGCCUUUCCUCUCGCCGGCGCCUCUCCCGCCGCCCUUGCGGCGUUUCUUCGGGGCCUCGUCCUCAUACUCGUCCUCAGAGUCGUCAUCAAAGCGAUUCUUGGGCAUUUUCGCGCCCUUCUCGU